AUGGAUGACUGCUGCUCGAACACCAAGGAGAUUGCAGCAGAAAGGUCCGGCACUUCCCCAGAUCCCCAGCGUAGUGUUCACUGGGUUCAUUAUGGCCAGUUCAUUCUGUUGCAAGAGCAACUGAGGAAAAUCCAAGUGCAGGACACAGAAGCAAGGAAAGCAGAAGAAAGUAAUAAACAGUCAAUAGAAUGCAUUUUGAAUGCAAUAUUACCUCCAAGAGAAUGGUCGGAGAAUGGGCAGAUGUGGAUUCAACAAAUAUCUACUGUUCCAGCCAUUCGAACAGAUGUGAUAAACCUGCAGGACAGCUUGGAUAGAAAGCUGCAGCAAAGGCAGGCUCGGGAAACAAGCAUUUGCCCUAUUCGCCGGGAGUUGUAUGCACAAUGCUUUGAUGAGCUGAUUAGACAGGUGACCAUCAACUGUCCAGAACGUGGACUGCUGCUCCUUAGAGUUCGUAAUGAGAUUCUCAUGACUCUUGCAGCGUAUGAGACCUUGUAUGAAAGUAGCGUUGCAUUUGGAUUGAGGAAGGCUCUCCAAGGAGAUUUAGAAAAAAUUUCACUGCGCCAACAGAUUGAAGAACUUAAACAAGAAAUAGCCACUCUUCAAAAUGAACUCAGUGAAAUGAAGAACAAAUAUAAUGUAGCUGAGAAACGAUUUACUGAGAGGAAAGAGCUGGAUGACAAGAAACAUUCAGAAGAAAUUGUUAACCUUAGAAAAAUCAAUCAACAAUUGAAGCUGCAACUUGAAGGUGUCAUUACUUACAGGAGAUGA